AUGAGCCCAUUGGUGUGGCGGUGCAGGCAAACUCCAGCUGGAGGAAGUGCCUGCUUGGCUGAGAGCAUACAGCCCCCUUCUGCAAAGGUGUAUAUCGUCAGGCAGAAGAAGGUCACAAUGAUGUUAAAUUUGCUGCUAAGCAAAGGAUCAGAGUGGGACAGAGGAGCCAGGGCCCAGGGGCUCACCCUCCUGCAGGCUACAGUCAACGUGUCCCUUGCGUGGAAGCUGGAUGAAAAGACGCCUCGUGGUUCUGCUGGCUUCAGGAAGGUGCUGUGCUCCGUGCAUGCAGGGUGUGGGGUCACGCCAGUGCAACGGCCGUGCUGCAGGUUUUGUCAUGUUGGCAGCGACGUGGAGAAAGACAGCAGCCUGCCCUUCCCUCUAGCCAUCCUGGCAGUGGGCACCGCUGAAGAUAUUGCCCGUGUCACUGCUCCACUGAGGGGAUUGGUGUACCUGACACUGGGAACACAAGGUAACUGGGAUGAAGCCAGGCCUCCAAGAAAAAAAACUCCUCUCUCUCCCUGUGCACUGUGCGGGCGGCAGCUCUGCUGCCCCAACCCCGCGGUGGCUCCUCUCGCUCAGCCCGCAGCGCCGCUGCAGCCCCGGCACCGGGAUUCAAACCUUCAUGCAACACCAGAGAGAAAAGGACAUCAGGGGAGAUUAACAGAGGAUAAGGACUGGUGCUCCCGAGGCGCUGCUGCAGCCCACGCCGGGGCCUGGGCCGUUCUAGGAGCCGUGAUGUUUCCUCAGCCACAAAGUGAUGAGUUGACCCUCGAAGGCAUCAAGCAGUUUUUCGUGGCUGUGGAGAGGGAAGAGUGGAAGUUUGACACCUUGUGCGAUCUCUACGACACACUCACAAUCACCCAGGCUGUCAUCUUCUGUAACACCAAGAGGAAGGUGGACUGGCUCACAGAGAAGAUGAGAGAAGCCAACUUCACCGUUUCAUCCAUGCAUGGGGACAUGCCACAGAAGGAGAGAGAGUCCAUUAUGAAAGAGUUCAGAUCUGGUGCAAGCAGAGUCCUUAUUUCGACAGAUGUUUGUGCUAGAGGCCUGGAUGUGCCUCAGGUGUCCCUGAUCAUUAACUACGACUUGCCCAACAACAGAGAACUCUACAUACACAGAAUUGGCCGGUCAGGCAGAUACGGCCGAAAAGGUGUAGCGAUCAACUUUGUGAAGAACGAUGACAUCCGCAUCCUGCGGGACAUUGAGCAGUACUACUCCACCCAGGUCGAUGAGAUGCCCAUGAAUGUUGCUGAUCUCAUCUGAAGUUCUGUGUUUACCAGGAGUUGUACUAUUCGGUAGCCUCCAUCAUUCUGUUUUGGACCCACAUCCUUUUAUUGUAUGGCGGAUCAUAAGUUCUUAAGUUGAGCUGCACUUGGGACCUUGUGUAAAUAAUGUGUUUACUCCU